AUGACCGCCGCUGCCAAUCUAAGCCCAGUUCAAGUGGGCUACAUCACUGCUCAAAAGCAUUUCGAAAUCGACGGCACAGCAGUCUCAUUCCCGUUGGUUCUCACUCCUGGAAAUUCUGGGUCCAACAAGCCAACAACCGCUCUCAAUACCACCGAAGCUGUCGCCGCGUGGGUCACUCAGAACCGGAAGCAAUUAAUCGAUCUCGCAAACACUCAUGGCGCUAUCCUUCUUCGCGACUUUUGCCCACCCAUAUCCACUGCCGCAGACUUCGAUGCCGUAUGCAAAGCGUUUGGUUUGGCUGAGUUCCCUUACAUCGGCGGCGCAGCACCCCGAACAGUGGUGAGCGGGUCCGUCUUCACCGCGAACGAGUCCCCCGCCGACCAGCUCAUCCCGUUCCAUCACGAGAUGGCCCAGAGUAAGAGCCACCCUGGCACCUUGCUCUUCUACUGCAUGAAAGCGCCGCCUGAGGGCGGCGAGACGCCCAUCGUGCUGUCAAACCUGGUGUUUGAGCGAAUCAGAAGAGAGCUUCCACAGUUUGUGUCAGAGCUGGAACAGAAGGGCGUCAAGUACGUCAGGGUCCUCCCGGAAGCCGAUGACCCCUCGAGCGCAAUCGGUAGAGGCUGGAGAUCCACUUUCGCGGUGGAAACCCGUGAGGAAGCCGAAAGGGUGGGCAGGGGGGUGGGCAUGGAGCUGGAAUGGCUCGAGGGCAACCUGCUCAAGACGACCACGGCCGUCAUCCCGGCCACGAAGAAGGACCCGCGAACAGGGAAGACAUCAUGGUUCAAUAGCAUCGUGGCAGCUUUCACGGGAUGGAAGGACUCGCGGAAUGACCCGCGCAAAGCCGUCGUCUUUGGCGACGGCAGCCCGCUCGAUGCGGAGGUGCUGCGCAGGUGCCAGGAAAUUAUGGCCGAGCUUUCAGUUGCAUUCACAUGGAACCGCGGUGACGUGCUCUUGGUUGACAACUGGGCCACACUCCAUUCCAGGAAUUCCUUCAAGGGAGAACGCAUCAUCUAUGCAAGUCUGUGGAAGUAA